UUAUCAAUAUUAUAUAUUGAUACUACCACUACCAUUAAUCUUAUCAAAUUGGCUCCUCCAACAAAUAUUAAUUAUACCGAUAUGACGGUCAUGAACGAUCAUGACAGGAGUCAUGAUCUCAAUUUGAAACCUUUGCCAGCCAAUGACAACACCAACGCCAACGAUAUGAUGUGUAUAGCGGACUUUUUUGCCCAUAAAAAUAUUUUCAUUACCGGCGGUACUGGUUUCCUGGGUACAGUUUUGAUCGAAGCUUUAUUGGACUCCACACCCGAUAUUGGCACAAUUUAUGUGCUGGUUAGAGGCAAAAAGAAUGUAGAUCCAAAUGAUCGUAUUAAAAGAUUGUUACAGAAACCGAUUUUCAAAAAAUACAAUGAAAAAUCUUUAGCCAAAGUCAAGCCGGUUGUGGGUGAAUUGAGCGAUGUGAAUUUCAGUUUCAGCGAUGACAUCCUUAACGAACUUAUCGAACGUGUUAAUAUUAUUUAUCACAGUGCGGCCACCAUUAAAUUCAGUUCCCCAUUGCGCACAGCCAUCAAGACAAAUUUAACGGGCACCAUGCGCACCAUCGAACUGGCCAAGAGAGUAAAGAACUUGUCAGCCUAUAUUUAUUGCUCGACAGCUUUUUGUAACAGCAACAAUCGGGGUCUGAUUGUGGAGGAAGUAUACAAAUCGAAAUUCGAUCCCUAUGACAUGAUGAAAAUGGCCGAAGAUGAUAGUAAAUGGGAGAAUUUCACCCAUGAAAACUGCAAAGAAUAUAUAUGUGAUCAUCCCAAUACGUAUACGUUUACGAAAAACCUGUCGGAGAAUCUGUUAAUGGCUGAGAUGAAGGGCAUGCCAGCGGCCAUAGUGAGACCUUCAAUAGUUUACGGCACCUGGGAAAAACCCACGGAGGGUUGGGUAGGCAAUGCCAAUUCUGGUCAUUUGGGUUUCUUGGCCGGUUUCAUUAAGGGCAUUUUCCGCACCAUGUGUGGCAAGGCCUCGGCUGUCAUCGAUAUCAUACCCUGUGAUUAUGUGAUCAAUUCCUCUUUGAUUAUGGGCUGGUAUGUGGGCACCCGCCAUAUCGAACAACCUGAGGUUAUACAUUGCACCUCGGGUGAAGUGAAUCCCUUGACUUUGGCUGAGUUCUGUCAAAUCAUUAAUGCCAGCGUUGAGAGACAUCCACCGAAUAAUUUUGUUUGGAAACCCAAGGCCAAAUUGCGUAAUGGCUGGCGUUAUAAUUUAUUCUUUUAUCUGUUUCACAUACUGCCGGCGUUGGUGUUUAUUAUACCAGAGAAAUUGUUUGGUUUGGGCAUGCCACAGCACACCGCCUACGAAUACAUGCGUGUCUUCCACAAGGGUACCAAAGCUUUUGACUAUUUCCUCGACAAAGAUUUCCGUUACGAUUUGAAAAAUGCUUUGCGCAUUAUGAAUGUAGUGCAUGAAAACGAUCGCAAACGCUACAAUUUCGAUUCCAGUCAAUGUGAUUGGGUGGAGUUUUUGGAUCGUGUCUUAGUAGGCAUUAGACGUUUCUAUUUCAAAGAGUCAGCCUUAACCACCUCAUGGCAUCGCAACUACUGGAAGGUCUUCAAUGUCCUUUACUACUUGGGUUUUGUUGGCUUAUUUGGCAUUGUCUUUGUCAUUUGCACGCCUAUAUUUGGUUUCCAAAUUGGUUUGCCUUUGGCUUUGGCCAUAUGGGCUUUCCUGGUUUGGCUGUAGGCGGUAAACUAUUUUAUCAUUCUUUCAUUAAUUUUUUUUAAAUCAUUCUACCUCUGUUUUAUAUUAUUUUUUGCAAUUAUUUUGUUUUAUUUCAAACAAUAUAGGGUUAUAUUUUCAUUU